AUGGAAACGUCACAUGUUUAUUCACAAUUUACUAAAACUGGUAAAAUUACGCCGCCAGCAACGCUGAUUCCUAGAUUUAAGAAGUACAACAUUGAUGAUUUUCAUUUCUUAGCUGUAUUGGGUAAGGGGAGUUUUGGAAAGGUCUUUUUGGCCGAAUUAAAGAACUCCGAAUACUAUUAUGCUGUGAAGGCACUCAAAAAGGACAUUGUCUUGGAGGACGAUGAUGUUGAGUGCACAUUAAUUGAACGUAAGGUGUUAGCUUUAGGUACAAAACAUCCAUUUUUAUGUCAUUUGUUUGCAACAUUUCAAACGGAUAGUCACUUAUUUUUCUGCAUGGAAUACUUGAACGGAGGCGAUCUAAUGUUCCACAUUCAACGCAGUGGGCGCUUCAGCGAAGAUCGUGCGCGCUUCUACGCUGCAGAAAUCGUAUCUGGGCUUAAGUUUCUGCACAAGAAGGGCAUCAUUUAUCGCGAUCUGAAGCUCGAUAACAUUUUGUUGGACUUUGAGGGGCACGCGAGAAUUGCGGAUUUCGGAAUGUGCAAACUGGAAAUCUACUUGGACCGAACGGCAGACAGCUUUUGCGGGACACCAGACUACAUGGCACCGGAAAUUAUCAAGGGCCAAAAUUACAACCAAAGUGUUGAUUGGUGGUCGUUCGGCGUGUUGGUUUACGAAAUGUUAAUUGGACAAUCGCCGUUCAGUGGCUGUGAUGAAGAUGAGUUGUUCUGGUCAAUUUGCAAUGAAAUUCCUUGGUUCCCAGCGUUCCUCUCGAAAGACGCUCUCAAAUUCCUUCAAGCAUUACUCGAAAAAGACGCCACAAUCCGAUUGGGAUCUUUGGGCGCCGGAGAUGGCGAUAUCAUUUAUCACCCAUUCUUCAACAAAAUCAACUGGGAAAAGCUUGAACGACGAGAAAUUACUCCGCCAUUCAAACCAGAAGUCCUUCAUCCAUUAGACACAAAAUACUUUGACAACUGCUUCACGAAAGAACGUGCCCGCUUGACUCUCAUCGACCGCCAAAUCCUCAAGUCAAUCAAUCAGGAACAAUUUGACGGAUUUACAUACACAAAUCCUAAUGCUACACUAACGGGUACACAACAUGGGUUUCAGCACAUGUUUGAGAGUGGGUUAGAUCUUCAAGACAUAACAUUUUUGGACAAGAAAAUUUAUUAUUUAAUACAAAAAGAGCUCCAAAAAAUUAUUCUUGAUAAGGCUGCACAGGGCACGCGGUUGAGUAAGUUGCGCAAGAAGAAGAAAAAGAUGUACUUUGAUCCAUACACGGGCGAAAUGAAGUUAACUUUCACUGAAUUCUGGUACUAAAUAACGAAUUUUCUAACAAAUAACUAACAAAACUGACCUUUGUGUGUAUCUUAUAGAGAGCUAACCUGCUUAUUGACUCUACUGGCCUCCUCGACAAAUGACUGCUACUACGACGCAGUUUUCUCUCUUUCUCGCAAAAAAAAAAACACUUUUUCCUAUCAAAUAUUCACACGCUCGCACUUCAUCCCAUUCAUGCCGCCUCAUCAUAAUUUCUAAGGAAUCAGACGACGCAAAUGCUGACGAGUUCCCGAGGAACAAGAAAUAUUCAAAUAUCUGAUGUUUAUGUUAAAAUUAGGUGUAUUUACUGUAUAAAUUUAUCGUUAGAAGAUUCACUUUUUGGAGAAAACCAAUUUUAAUUUUUUUCUAUUAUUUAAUUUAGUUGUUAUGUUCUGUUCUGUUAUAAAUGCGCAGCAAAGCAAAAAAUAGUUACUUAGUAUAUUAUUGUUAUUUUUAAUGCAAUUAUGACGAGAAAAAAAAUUUGUACAUUUAGAUUUAUGGUUAAAUAUAAUAAAGUUCAUAGA